AGAUGGUAAGUGAGACCUUGCUGAAACGUUGCCAAGACAAUCUCAAUCUUAUAUAUAUAUGAAAUCAUGGAGUAAUAAUUGACUGGAUCAGGCCAAUUAGAGGACCUUUUUUGUCUUAUUGUAGCACAACACUUCCUCUUCAAAAAGAACUUUAAGAAAUCAGUUGUCUUAUCUAUUCAGCAACAUUGUUAGGACUACUUCAUAUUCAAAAACAGCACCAGUCUGAGAUCAGUACCGCUAAUAUUGUGGAGCUUUAAGCAAUUAAUUUCUGAAGUUAUUUGAUUCUGUUGCUCUGGAGGAAACACAUUAGAGGCAGCUUUGAUAGUUUUCCUUUAUAGUUAUUUUGGCGUUAUUUUCUUAGUGUAAAAUUUUGUCUCCUUCUGAAGCAAUGUAAUUAUUUUCUGGAUGCCUUGGGGAGUGCUUUUUGCUCUGAUCCCAUAAAGUGGACACUUAUUUAUUUGUACUUCAUUCCCCUUGCUUUGAAAAACAAAAGCAGCAAGCAAAGUAUAAAGAAAAGUGGAAAGCUUCUAUGGUUUAUAAUGCUGUCAUAUUGGCUAAAUAGAAGGUGUGCUGCUUGGCGCAAGGGAAGAAAAAGCAAAAACACAGACUUUUACAAAAAAUCUGGUGGCAGUGAAGCAAAGCCAAGGGCAUUAUGUAUGUGGCCACAGAGCAGCAAUUGAUUCUUUUAUAACUAUCAUUUUUGCUACUUAUGGCCAUUUCUUCUAUAUGCAUUCACGCAUUCUGCAUGGAUCAUAACAUUUGUUUUAGUAAUAGUUUGAUUUGGGGGGGGGGGGCUUUCUAAGUUUGAAUACAGUGAAGUAUUUCUUUCUCUGCUUAUAAGCAAUUGAUUUCACCAUUUGCAAACACCUUACAUAUUUAAUUGCUCUUAUAUUUAGAUUUGCUUCAAUCUAUUCAGUAGUUGGAGAAGAAAAAUAUAUCAAGUUUAGUUUUAAAAUAAGUUAGAGAUUUUUUUUCCAUCAGCAUUUCAGAACUGCAGAUAAAAUGACUUCCUGUCUCUCAGUUUCCUGUAUCCAUGGUAAUUUGAUUUCAGCCAGUCAUUGUAGAGGAGCCGAUGGGAAGAAUAUUUCCUGUAGGAACAAUUGCAGGACUGGUAGGCAAAGUGAGAAAUUUCAACAGAAGGAAAAUAGUUAACUGACAAAUGAACUUCAUAUUCUGGCGCAGUCAAAGAUGACUUGGAGAGUCAAAGCCUGGGAUAUGUAUCAACUUCAUCACUUUGAGUCAUUUUGGCAUAUUUUUAUUUGUCUUCUGCUGAUGAUAAUCCAAAAGGAUAUAUUUUGUUGUCCAUGUUGCUAUCAGUGUAGAGGCAGACAAGUUGACUGUCGUAAUUCAAGUCUUUCUUUUAUUCCAAACAAUUUUUCACAGAAUAUCAUUUUGUACUUAAGUGGCAACAAUAUAUCACACAUAAAUCCCAAUGCACUGAUAAGCCUCCAGCAGCUUGUUGUACUACACUUGGACAAUUCUGGCAUUGUAUAUGUAUAUCCAAAUAUCUUCGCUGAAUUGAAAAAAUUAUGGUAUCCAGCGAAUAAUAAUAUAUAAAAUAUUGUAUCCUGGAACAUUGAAGGACUUUCAAAUCUUCAUUCUUUAUAUCUUCAGAAUAAUGAAAUUGACUUUGUUUCCGAAGGAUUAUUUGGUAACCUCACUUCCGUUCAUUAUCUAAUGCUGCAAAACAAUCACCUCAGGAUCCUUGGUAGCCGCAUUUUCUUUGGCAUGAUUAAUCUUCGAAUUCUGAACCUAGCAAAUAAUAAGAUUUCACAAAUAUCAGACAGAGCAUUCCAGGACCUUGAUAAUCUUACAGACUUGCACCUUGAAGGAAAUAAUUUAACAUGUGUGCCAUCCACAGCAUUUCUACUACUGGGGAAACUUAAAAAACUUUCAUUGUCACGAAACCCUAUUGUGUCAAUUCCUCCUUUUGCAUUUAAAGGACUUAGCAAGCGAUAUCUAUUUUUAAAAGGUGCAAAAAUAAACACUAUUAGUCCAAAUGGAUUUUCAGGGCUAGUCAAUCUUAAAAGGUUAGUUUUAAGUGAUAAAUUUAGUAAACAUCAAUUCCCAUACUUCUCAUUGUUGGAUCAUAUGAAGUUUUUGCAUCUUGACAGAAACAAAAUAAUUGACAUUUCAGGUAAUACUUUUGGAGGAAUAGGAUUCUUGAAAAUACUUGAUCUAUCUUUCAAUAAUCUUACAUUUUUACAGCCUAUAGUACUCAAGCCUUUGAUUUCUUUAACUCAUUUACAGGCAAAUUACAAUCCUUGGGAUUGUAGCUGCAAAUUACAGAGAUUGAUGAAUUGGCUAGCGGCUUUUUCUAUCUCUGUGAAACUCCUUUGCCAAAGUCCUUCCAGUCUGCAUGGAAGAUAUAUGAAUUAUGCUAGUUUGCAUUGUUCAAAAAUUGUUUCAACAGUACAAGCCUUGAAAUUUUCAAGAACAGUAAAUCUGCAGGAAUCCAGCAGGUUUUACUACUUCAUUAAUGGCACAGAAUAUGUACCUCACAAGGAUACAGUUCAAGAACAGUUGAACUUCAAUUCAAAUGCAGUUACAUCAUUGGUAAAAGCAUCUUAUACAUCUGCUUAUCAAAAUCUCAAUGAAGAAAAUUCUAGUAGGAAGUCAAAACAAGAACAAAUAGCAACACACAAGAUACCUGUUCAUUUUACCAUGGAAGAAAAUAAAGUACCAUCUCGGAAGCUGUUUCUGUAUCAUUUAAAACAUCACUAAUUUGUUCACAGCAGGUAGAGAAACUAAAGCAGGCUUUGACAUUUUAUUAAUCUUUUCAUUUUGGCCUGUGCUAUGAUCUUCUUUUUGUUAUACAAAAUUAUUAAAUUGAAACAGAAGUACAAUAUACAAAAGAACUCUGACAAUGCAAUAGAAUACUAUGGCUUUUAUCAGGCUGGUAGUUACAAUGUUACCGUAUCUCAGAACCCGCUGGGAAGUUCUGAAUUGAAUCAUGUUGAACUUUCUAAAUCAACGGCCCUUGAAAACCAAGCACAGGUUAUCUUAUUUGAACAUUCAGCACUGUAUACAUUCAUCACAUUUUUUUCUUUUCAUGUGUAUAGAAGGCACCAGUAGAUGAGUUUUGUAAAUGCAAGUUUAGCUACUGAUGUUACGCUGGGAGGUUGAAAUGCAGCUAAUAUUUUUUCAACCUUUACCUUUUGUUCUAAUUUUAAUAUCUGCAUUUUAUUGAUUGUAACUAUGUUUUAUCUAUAAUUACUCAAUUUUAAUUGAUCUGUCUAUAGCAAUUAUUAAUCAUUAAUGUUAUUUUAUAUUUAGCAUUCUGCAUAAAUUUUAUAUUGGAUAGAUUUUUUAACUGUUCAUUACUAUUGAUAAAUUCCUAGAAAGAAUUUCUGUUAUUUCAUAUUACCAGCUAUUUUGGAUACCAUCAUAAAGCUCUGCAAUAUUUGUUAGAUAAGACAGCUUUUAUUAUGAAAUUAUUGCAUAAAAAUUACAUUAUCUGGAAUAAACAAUAUUCACAAGAAAAAUUAUUUAUUCUGGUUUCAAUCCUCAUUUCCCUCUGAUAGAAGUUCCAAAGGAAGCACUUUGCAUAUUGGAGGUUUUUGUUUGUUUUUAAUAGUCCAUAGCACUUCUGCUAGAGGAGGCAGCAGCUGAUUUUAUCAACUUCCUCCCAUGUAAUUUUUGUUGCCCUAUGAAAAAGUGGUGGAGGCCAAAUUGUAUAGGUAUAGGUAUAGUGUAUGUCGGCUCCUGGUGCUCUCUGAGUUGGUUGUUUUCUUGCAGACAUUUUAUUACUCAACUAAGUAACAACUUCAGUGCUAAAGGAGGGGGUGCUAUUUGUUUGUAUACAAGUGGCUUGCCCUAUCGUGGUGUAGGAGUGUACAGUAUGGUAUCAAAACUGUAGAAAACAGAAGGAAUAAGAGAAAAGAGAUUUAGUUGAAUUUCAGUUUCUUUCAAAGCAUAUCCUUAGACUCAAAGAAGGAAAAAAUCUUGAUGUGUACAUGGAGUAAUUAUAAUCUUCCAGGAACUCUACUUAAAAAAAAACAGCAAUAUGUAUACAUCUACUAAUGGUGCAAAGCAAGCAUUGUUUUUAUAUACUAGAGUGCCUUAUGGCCCUAUAUACUGGUAGUUCUAGUUCAGAGGUGGUAUUCAGCAGGUUCUGACCUGUUUUGGAGAACUG